CCGCACUGGGCUCUCGGCUAUGUGUGAAGACACGCACAAAACACCAAAGCAGCAGCACUACUGAAUCUAAUGCCCGCAUUCUACCAGGACCAGCAAGCUGAUCGCUUUGAAAACCAUCCUACUUUCUCUCUUUCUCUUACGUUCUUUCACUCUCUCACUCCUUUUUUCAGUUAUACUUGUGUUUAUAGAGGUGGAGAAAAGGAAAUACCCUCUAUAUCUCUCUCUCUCUCCCACUCCUCUCUCUCUCUUUCUUUCUCUCUGUCCUAUGGUGGGAUAAACAUUGAAGGGAUGAGCGUGUGAUACAGCACCAGACCUGAGUGACCUGACAGCUCAAACUAAUCCUGUUCAGACAAGAAGAAAUACUGCCAGUUGAAGCCUUGUCUCUGAUAACAGUAGAGAGCAUCCAUACUACUUACUGGAAGAAUACAAGACUUCUCUGAUCUGGUUCAUCAGACAGAGUGACUUGCCACGCUCCGACUGUCCCCUUCUCCCCACAGAAUCAAACACCUGUGUGGUUACAGUGAGACCUCACCUCUGCUCAGCCACAGCUGUACAUGGAGACCCCCAGCUGGGCAGAAACCAAACCAGGAAACGGGCUGUGUAAAACAGGAAGCAUUGCUCUCUUUGGAAACGUAGUGUACAGUGGUCUGCUGAACGAUCACUUCUGGCAUUUCGGGGUGCCCCUUGUCACAAGACUGGGUAACCAGGAGGCCCCAGCUCCCCCAGAAGCCAUGGCUCAGCCAUACGCCCCAGCACAGUAUCCUCCCCCUCCGCCUCAGAACGGGUUGCCUGGCGAGUACACCCACCCUGGGCAGGACUACACAGGGCCCAGCCCGGUCCCUGAGCACGCCGCAGCCCUCACUAUCUACACACCUACACAGACACACAGCGAGCCACCUGGCACUAACAGCAGCACGCCUUCCCUAACAGGAACUAGCAGCAUACCAGUCUUUAUAGGCGACUGCUCGCAAGCGGACGAUGUGGCGCAGACAGAUGGAUCUCACCAGCUUCAGCUUCAGCUCCAGCCCACAAAUUCUUCCGAGAAGCAGCAGCCCAAACGGUUACACGUCUCCAACAUUCCCUUCCGCUUUCGUGACCCAGACCUACGGCAAAUGUUCGGGCAAUUUGGGAAAAUUUUGGAUGUGGAAAUUAUUUUUAACGAGCGGGGCUCUAAGGGUUUUGGUUUUGUAACUUUCGAAACGAGCGCAGAUGCAGAUCGUGCACGGGAGAAACUAAAUGGUACAAUCGUAGAGGGACGCAAAAUCGAGGUAAAUAACGCAACAGCACGAGUAAUGACAAACAAAAAAGUGGCCAACCCGUAUACAAACGGCUGGAAGCUGAAUCCAGUGGUGGGAGCUGUCUAUGGUCCUGAAUUUUAUGCAGUGACAGGCUUCCCUUACCCAACCACAGGGGCAACAGUGGCGUACAGGGGUGCCCACUUAAGAGGCAGAGGUCGUGCCGUCUACAACACGUUCCGUGCUGCACCUCCACCCCCUCCCAUUCCUGCUUAUGGAGCUGUGGUUUACCAAGAUGGCUUCUACGGUGCUGAGAUCUAUGGUGGCUAUACAGCAUACAGAUAUGCCCAACCAGCCGCAACAGCUGCAGCAGCCUACAGUGACAGCUAUGGCAGAGUCUAUGCAACAGCAGACCCGUAUCACCACACGAUUGGACCUGCAACCACAUACAGCAUGGGCACUAUGUAAAUAUAAAGAAAGAAGACAACGUAGAAGAGAUGGACAUCAGCUAAAAGGAACAAAUUUGUAAAGGAAAAAAAGAGUGUCAAUAAAAAAAAACAUACAAAAAGAAGAGGAAAUCCUUACACUGGGGCUGUCAGGAAAUGGCAUUAUUCAUCUCUGUGGGGAUGCAAGACUGACACAGCCAAGCUGUGGAUGGGAAGUGGGGUUAGUUUUCACCUGGGAUAGCCUUUCGGAGAAGAGGAGAGGUCAUCAUAAAACUUUUUAUUUUUCUAAACUUUUUUAAGUUUAUGGUUUCAAAAAGACGAAAAAGAUGAGUGUAUAUCUAUAUAGCGAUAUAUAUGUAUGUAUAAAUAUGUUAUAAAAGAGAAAUGAAGAAAAAAAAACACUAUAGCAACAGAGUGAUGAAUUAGCACUGUAGGACGGGGGCUGGGGGGUGUACGUGUUGUUCCUUCACACCCCCCACCACCCUCCCACCACAGACCUCCUUGUGCUGCCUGCGUCUAGACAGUGGGUGGGGUCAAGGAGGGCGGGCGGAGAGGCAGAGGGCCCAAUAGACACGAUUCCAUGUGGCUACUUUUCAUCCGAAGCCCUUUGAAUACGGCACGGAUGGGUCUUCCAUUGGCAGGAUUGUAUGGGUUCAACUUCCUAUUGAGCUGAAUUGCUUCCUUGGGAAAAUGUCAAAGGCCUUUAGUCGCUACUGUAUGGGCAGCGAAAUAUUCUUUUUCUAACCAUCCUGUCUAGAUGUUAAAUUACGGCAUACAAACUUGCAUGGUACUUCAAAUUUCCAUCAGAAGAUCCACUUUACAAAAAUGUUAUGAACAAUGGCAUAACUCCAAAACAUCAGGUUGCAUUGUUGUGAAGAUCUUUUAUCUAGCUAUUCAGGUGUCAUAUUGAAUGAGACAAGCAAAGACAAUGUAAAUAUACAAACAGAGCCAAGCUGACAAUAGACAGUCUCAAAGUAGGAAAGGGGGCACCAGUAGUUAUCAAGACCCAUCGUCGCUGUCAUCCCUCUGUUGUUUGUAGCACAAUAUAAAGUGACCCAAUGAGGUGAAACACAGGUUUUACAAGGAUGUGUGUUCUUGUGUGUGAGGAUGUGAGUUUUGGGGGGGGGGGUGUGGGGGGGUUUGAGGCAGUUAUGGGCUGAAGGGGGCUUUACAGAGUUGUGUUGGGUGCAGCAGCCUCAGAGCCCAGGGCUACCAAAAAGCAUUUCAUUGUAGUGUUGUGGAGGUGGCUGUGCUGUGUAGUAAACACUUUUGUAUGUGGUAUCAGGGAGCUACAAAAUUAAGAAAAUUGGAGCUGUCUGCUCGGUAUUGUGUCAGGAGUUUCACGAUCCAUCUUGGAAUUGGGUUCCCGCCCUCCGCAAGGUGGAUAACGGUGUGAAACUAGUGGCGGUUUGGUCAUGGGGUAAGCAAGCAAAGUUUUAGUAAAGAGUAAACCUUUAUACUUCUACCGAGCUCCAUUUCAGUGACAUCCUUAUAUAUUUCAACGUUGUACUAAUUACAUGCUGCUCAGCGUGGUCAAACGUCGAUUGUAGCCAUUUACUAAUGUUGUAUUAUUGUAUUACCAGUAUGAAAAACAUUUAUAUAUGGGUAUAUCUAUUUGUGACUUUGCAACCCUUCAAGAGGAUUGUAUCUUUUUGUUUUCAAUGGUGGUCCAGGUUUAUUUUUUGGUGGCAAUUUAUGCAAGUAUCGAGAGAUUUUCACUUGUGUGGCAUUGUUUCUGUUUGUCUGUAUCUUGGGUUCAGCUAUUGAAUGUAAUUCAACUUUUUACGUACAUGUCUUUUUAAGCUGUACUUUGUAAAUGUGUGGACAUGGUAAAGCAAGUCUUUGUUUUGAAGCUGGACCUGAUGGAGACACGGUCCAGCGGACACCUCUCUUUUAUAACAGGAGCACUCCAGUCAACUAAUGGACAUCCUGACCCUACAGGACAUUGACAGAAAGACAUAAAAUGAUCGGAAGAGUCGGAAUGGUUUACAGAUGUGUUCUAACCAGAGUGGAAUUAUGCUCUUUGAUUUAUAUUGAAAAGUUUUUUCAAAUCUUUUUCUUUUCCUUGAUGCAAAUGGUGAACAAUUGACCCACAUUUAGAAGUCGUCUGAUAAGAGGUGUCAUUCUAUAAUAUAUGUAAAACAAAAAAAAACAAAAAAAAUGAGAAUAUGUUAUUGAUGUGGAACAUGGUUGAUUUUCUGGGAAAGAAAUGCACUGUAAAAAUGUUUUGUUUGGUAGCCUAAAAAUGUGCUUUAUCUCAGUCUCCAUUCACAUCUUUGUCCAUACAAUGAAAGUGAAUGGUGACUGAGGUCUAUCAUCUCCUUUUGUGUUCCACUGAAGUAAUUCAUACUGGUUUGGAACAACAUGAGGCUUAGUAAAUAAUUUUUGGGUGAAUUACCCCUUUAAUAUGAUUGGAUCGAACUGACUGCAUAAGGUUUCACCAACAAAAGUCAUCUUAAUGGUCAGAUCAGGUAGAAAUAGCUCCGUAAAUUAACAACUGCACGUUUUCAAUUUUUACAGUGUGUAUUUUGGCUUAGUGAGAAGGAAUGGUACAUUUAGAAAAACAUAUAAACAAUCCAUCUCUACAGACAGCAUUCCCAAGCUUUGCAAAAUCAUGUGCUUCCUUGGACUCAGGUGUAACAUGACAGAACCGAUGUGUUCCCUUCCAUAGAUAAUGAUCUAACUCCUCUGUGCUGCAUUUCUCCUCUCAGAGCAAAACUUUAUUUUCUACAAAGCUGGUGACUCCUAUCUUAGCGACUGUACUACUUUGUUACUUAAAGGAUCAUCAAAGACAACCAUUUCCUUGAGAUUGGAGGCAUUCGUUCGCUGGCAGUUGGUUAGUGAUGCAUUAGCCGUGGUGGAUGGGAGCUUUUGUGGCCAAGACGCAUUGUUUCAGGGACACUAUAAGCCGAGCGACGGAUUCUGCUCUGGAAGAGACUUUGACUGAACAACCUAACAAAAAGAUGUCAAUUCAACAGAGAUCCGAGACCUCUGGGUUUAUUUCUUUGCUUUAGUAUGUAUGAGACAUUACUUGUUUACAUGUCCUGUUUUUUUUUUUUGUUUUGUUUUUUAUUUUAACCCUGCUGUGAGGUAUAUGUCAGCUUUUGCACUGUAUUCUUUGGCUUGUUGUCUUCCCUAUGCUCUCCUUUUCCUAUAAAACAACGUAAACCCCAUUUACCUGAGCACCAAAGCCAUUCACCGUCUUCCGCAACCCAAAGCAGAGAACCAAUGCAAAAUGUAGUCUGCUUAUAGUCUCUUCUCUGAAACCCAAGAAAGCAUGUUUCUCCCACUUAUUCCCUCAUCCAAAACAUCCUUCAAAUACAGCUAUUUUAAGGCCAGCUAUGCAGUUCACCUAUUGUCUGCACAGCAACAGUUCCCUUGAACUUUGUUCAAACACAACCAAGCCAAUGGAAAAGACAAACUUAACCUGGCAAAUGCGUAUCCCAACCCCGUUUAUCACACAAAAAUGGGUAAAAAAGAACUCCUGUCAACCUUACCUCCCUCAUUGUCAUUGCCAGAUCCCCGAAGCACAAAAGUUUGAAUGGAAGUAGAGUUAGAUGAUUCAGUGACAUUACUGUAUUCCCAUUUAGUGUGUGUGUGUGUGUGUGUGUGUGUGUGUGUGUGUGUGUGUGUGUGUGUGUGUGUGUGUGUGUGUGUGUGUGUGUGUGUGUGUGUGUGUGUGUGUGUGUGUGUGUGUGUGUGUGCUUCCAGCCCCUUUGUUUUCUACUGAAAAUAUACAAAAGCUACUUCCGCUUAUCAUCUCAAUAUAAGAUGUAUUAUAUUAGAAAAAGGUUCUCUUCAUGUGCAACACAAGCUCUAAGCAGCAACAAAUCUAUUUUAAUAAUUCAAUUUUGUUUUGUUUGUUCGUUUAUGUUCAGUUUGUUUCAGUCUUUCUUUCUAAUUUUUAAGUUGUUCCAAAUACAUACGAGUAAAGGGGGGGUAAAGAAAAAAGAAACCAAUAUAAAGUAUUCUAUCUAAAAAAUGAAAUGACUAAACUUCUGCUGUCCUGGCUCUGUACUCUCUAAAUUUCAGUUUUCUUUCUAUAUGCAUCCAAUGUGCUUCAGACAACCAGUACUGUUUAUUAAUGAAUCAUUAUAUUAUUAUGAUUAUUAUUAUUAUUAUUAUUAUUAUUAUUAUUAUUAUUAUUAUUAUUACUACUAUCAUGAUUAAUAUGGUUAUAAAUAAAUAUUUCUUUCUCCAAUAACAGAGACUCAAAUCUCUGAAGUUGUAUAUGACGACUGGAUCAAGCAUACUCUAUUUGCACAGCAUGUACACUGAACAUACUUUAGAUCACAUAGUUAAAUAAUAUUCACAAGGUCGAACUUAUGUUGGUUAAAUUAAUGUUGACCAGGUGUCUCUAUUAAUUACUUUUACAUAUUUAAGCAUGUCCUGGAUUCAUUGCACCACUUUAUUGUCUGACAAAGAUAGUUAUACAUUGUUUAAUGAUGGUUUUAUGCAGCCAAAUCGACCAAAGAUGAUAUAAAAUAUUGUUUUGAAAGCAUUUUAUCUAUACGAUUACAUUUUGAAAAAUAAGGAAUGUCUUUAGAUUCACGGACACCCAUCUUCCAUGUACACCAAUUUGUUUUUAGCAGAUAUAUUCUGUCCAAAUCUCAACAGAGAAUCACCUUGAUUGCCAACACAGACUUCUUUUACCAAAUACUUGCUACUACACUUGUCCUGAAAUACAGCAAAUCAAAUAUUAAACGUGCUGUCUGAACAUAUGUUCAUCUUAAAGUAUCCUUUGACCUUCUAUAAACCCUUGUCGCUGAAUUUCUUCCAAAGAUACGAACAAGAGUCUUCGUCGUAGCUCCUCCAUAUGUAUCACUGUCAGUGUUAAGUUGUAGAAUUGAGAGUGAAAGGGAUGAUGUGAGUUUAGACCAAUUUGUCUUUUGUUCCUCAGGGGCCACAAGACAAAGUGGUUGUGUCCAUCUCCACAACGAUCAUUUACCUACACAAAGCAAACGCACCAUCGAUCCCCUUUUGCACCCUACAAAGCAGCACAAAGAUGUUCACAUACCUAUGCUAACGAACAGCUUUCCACCUCCAACAUUGAUCCCAUUGCUCAGUACUUUGUCAUUCCCUCAUUACACAGGCUGUGGAAGGUCUCGUCCAAUCAAAGAGGAAUUCACGCCUCUUCUUGAGGUCACCAGAGGAUCUGCUAAAAAAAACAAAAAAAAAAAAAAACAAUAAGAUGGUUUUCUCAUUGUUUCUUUUGCAUGCUAAUUGAUUGAUUUGUAAUCAAAGAAUGAAGCCGUCUCUACCCGUUUUAAAUGGAAACCCAUAGUAGAAAAUAAAAACAAAUGAGAUCAUUUCUUGAUCAUAAUAUCUUAACUGUUUCUCCUAGAUAGCAAGGAGAUUAAAGUGAAAGCAGAUGGAGACUUUUACUUGGGUCUUCUGCUUCUCAGAGAUUUCUUUGAAGAAAAAGACUCCAGUACUCGGUUUGCCAAGAUAUUAAAAUCUUCAAUCAAUAUUUAGAAAUUUCAUUUCAAACAUUUCUCAUA